UUGCUGGUACACUAGGCACAAAAAUCUUUUUGGUAAAACGCAACAUCUCUUCUUCUUUCUAUGUUCUUCUCCAGUCUGAAAAUUACAGAAGCAAUUUUUUAAAACUGAAAUUACAGAAACAAUUUAGCUACAAAAAUGUCACAAUUUUGGAAACCAGGAACUGAACGUCCCCGUCUUGUAGAUGAUGAAGAGGGUGGUGUUCUUCUCUACCCUACCUCUUCCUCCUCUUCCUCUGGAUUUGGGUAUGGGAGUUUAGAGAAGCAAAGGCAGAGGUUGCCUGUGUACAAGUACAGAACUGCUAUUCUUUACUCAGUGGAGACUCAUGCUACCACCAUUAUUGUUGGAGAAACUGGAAGUGGAAAAACCACCCAAAUUCCUCAGUACCUCAAAGAAGCUGGUUGGGCUGAGGGAGGGCGCAUGAUUGCUUGUACCCAACCAAGGAGACUGGCAGUUCAGGCAGUUGCUACAAGAGUUGCCGAAGAAAUGGAUGUUAAACUUGGCGAGGAAGUUGGUUAUACUAUUCGAUUUGAAGAUAUCACGAAUGAGGAAUUAACUAGGGUCAAAUUUCUUACUGAUGGGGUUUUGCUGAGGGAAAUGAUGGAUGAUCCUCUAUUGAGCAAGUAUAGUGUGAUUAUGGUAGAUGAAGCUCAUGAAAGGUCUCUCUCGACAGACAUCUUAUUGGGACUACUGAAAAAGAUUCAAAGGCGUCGGCCUGAUCUGCGUAUUAUAAUAUCAUCAGCUACGAUUGAAGCAAAAUCAAUGGCAGCUUUCUUUAAUACCAGAAGACGACGGGAGCAGGAGCAGGAGCAAGGACCAACGAAAGAACCUGCUAUUCUGUCAGUUGAGGGUAGGGGAUUUAAUGUGGAGAUAUUCUAUGUUGAAGAUCCUGUUUCUGAUUACGUCCGGUGUGCUGUUUCAACUGUGAUGUCGAUCCAUGACCAGGAGCGGAUGGGAGAUAUCCUGGUGUUUCUCACUGGUAAAGAUGAUAUUGAUGCUGCAAUACAAUUGCUCACUGAAGAAGCACAAAGUAGUGGGAAGCAAGGACUGGUUGCUGUGCCACUAUACUCGGGACUUCUUCGAGCAGAUCAGGACCUUGUGUUUUCCCCUACUCCCAGAGGAAAGAGAAAAGUGAUAUUUUCAACAAAUAUUGCUGAGACGUCAUUGACUCUAGAGGGUAUUGUCUAUGUUGUUGAUACCGGGUUCUCAAAACAACGUUUCUACAAUCCGAUUUCAGAUAUUGAGAACUUGGUCGUGGCACCAAUAUCAAAGGCAUCUGCUCGACAAAGGGCUGGUAGAGCUGGAAGAGUUCGACCAGGAAAGUGUUUUAGGCUCUACACAGAAGAUUAUUUUUCCAAUGAGAUGUCUGUGGUGGGAAUCCCCGAGAUGCAAAGAUCAAAUCUCGUUUCUUGUGUCAUCCAGUUGAAGGCCUUGGGCAUUGAUAAUAUCUUAGGUUUUGAUUGGCCAGCAUCUCCAUCACCUGAAUCGAUGAUCAGAGCACUUGAAGUACUGUACUCACUUGGAGUACUAGAUGACGACGCCAAACUUACUUCACCUACUGGAUUUCAAGUUGCAGAGAUUCCACUGGACCCAUUAAUAUCUAAAAUGAUCUUAGCUUCUUGUGAGUUUGGAUGUUCGGAGGAAAUAAUUACCAUUGCUGCUGUGCUCUCCAUACAGUCUAUUUGGAUUCCUGUUAGAGGAGUACAGAAGCAGUUGGAUGAAGCAAAAUUGAGAUUUGCAGCUGCCGAGGGUGACCAUGUUACAUUCUUAAAUGUGUAUAAAGGAUUCAUUCAGUCUAAUAAAUCUUCGAAGUGGUGUCACAAGAAUUUCAUAAAUUAUCAUGCCAUGAGAAAAGUAAUUGAAGUUAGGGAACAGCUGAAAAGGAUUACACAACGUUUGGGCAUAGGAUUGAAAUCUUGUGAAGGGGAUAUUCAGGCAGUUAGGAAGGCAAUUACGGCAGGUUUUUUUGCCAAUGCUGCCCGUUUAGAACCAUUCAGUCACAAUGGGAUGUACAAGACUGUUAGAACUUCUCAAGAAGUGUAUAUUCAUCCUUCAUCUGUGUUGUUCAGGGUCAACCCGAAGUUUAUUGUGUACCAUUCUCUCGUUUCAACGGAUCGUCAGUACAUGCGAAAUGUCAUUACUAUCGAUCCUUCUUGGCUAAUGGAGGCUGCACCACACUUUUACCAGAAGCAGCUGCAUAGUUCUAUUCCUCAAUGAUACACACAAUUUUCUUGGAUGCUCCUUGGCAGCCUCAUUCUGCUUUGGAAAUUUUGUGGAGUCAUUUGUACACUAACAACUCCUUGUAAAUUGGUUAUACUUUCUCCCAUAGGCUUGAGAGAGGUCAGUUAAACGCCUUUCGCCAGAAAAUUGUACUGUGCAUAUAGGUUGAAUAUUACCUUCUUUUUUUUUGUAGUAAAGGUAACUAAGAUGA